CUUCGCGCAAGGCAAGACCGUCCCGCAACUCCCCCCACCGCCCGCACCCAGAGAGGUGGAGCGGUCCGCGGUGCGCGCUCGCCCGCCGCUCGGCGCUUCGUCCCCAAGGCACCGCGGACGCCGAGGCCCCCCCGCAUAAAUCCCCCGCUCCCAACUUUGCUGCUCCACCGAAUCCUCGAAUCGAAUCGCGACCAAAUCCUCGCCCCCACGCGCUCCCCCAUCACCCCCACCCCGCGCUCACGCACCAACACCCACUCCGUUCCUCACUGCGGCAAUCCACCGCCCCACCUCUUCGGCGCAAUGACGGCCGUCGCGGCGCCGCCGCCGCCGCGGCAGCUGAGCCUGGAGGACCUGAAGGCGGUGUCCGUGCUCGGGCGCGGCGCCAAGGGCGUCGUGUUCCACGUCGUGCACGCCCCUGGCGGGGAACAGGACGGCGAGGCCGGCGCCGCGGCCAUGGCCCUCAAGGCGGUCUCGCGGGAGGCCGCGCGGCACAAGAAGGCGGCCGGCGGCGACGGGGACGGCCACCGCCGGAUCUGGUUCGAGCGGGACGUGCUCCUGGCGCUGCGCCACCCGCUGCUCCCUUCCCUGCGCGGCAUCCUCGCCACCGACGCCGUCGUCGGCUUCGCCAUCGACCGCUGCGGCGGCGGGGACCUCAACUCGCUCCGGCGGCGCCAGACCGAGAAGAUGUUCUCCGACUCCGUUAUACGGUUCUACGCGGCGGAGCUGGUGCUGGCGCUCGAGUACCUGCACAGCCUCGGCAUCGUGUACCGGGACCUCAAGCCGGAGAACGUCCUCAUCCAGGACAGCGGUCACAUCAUGCUCGUCGAUUUCGACCUCUCCACGCGGCUCCCGGCGCCGCCGCAGGAGCCAGACGCGCCGGCCACCAGUCCCAAGCCGGUGGCUCCGGUCGCCGCACCGUUGCCGAGCCGCGGGAGAGCGAGGAAGCCGGCGGGCGCUGCCCUGUGCUUCCCAUUCCGCACCGGUAGCGCCGCGAGGCCUGCCGCGAAGCCGGCCGCGGACUCGCCGUCGCCGCUGUCCACCUCGCGGACGGCUUCCUCCUCCUCGUCGUCAUCGACGGCGACCACGGCCUCCUCCUCCGCGGCCUCGCCCGGCGCGCGGACGCCCGCGAAGUCGAACUCGUUCGUGGGGACGGAGGACUACGUGGCGCCCGAGAUCAUCGCCGGGCGCGGCCACGACUUCGCCGUGGACUGGUGGGGCCUGGGCGUGGUGCUGUACGAGAUGCUCUACGGCCGCACGCCGUUCCGGGGGCAGAACCGCAAGGAGACCUUCUACCGCGUCCUCGCCAAGCAGCCGGAGCUCGUCGGCGAGCAGACGCCGCUGCGCGACCUCAUCGCCCGCCUCCUCGAGAAGGACCCCGAGAAGCGCGUCGGCGCGCGCGGCGUCAAGGCCCACCCCUUCUUCCGCGGCGUCGACUGGGACCGCAUCCUGCAGGUGGCGCGCCCGCCCUUCAUCCCGACGCCGUCGCCGCAGGACGAGGGCGGCGACGAGGCGCUUGACGUCGAGAAGGUCGUCCACGAGGUGUUCGCGUCCAAUGAAGCCGAGGCCGCAACAAAGGCGGGCGAGGGCGGGAAGGCUUCACCUGUGGCGGACGGAGGCCGUGUCGGCGGCGACGGCGACGGGAGGAGAGAUCAGUCCAAAGAUGGUGAUUUCUCCGUGUUUUUCUGAGCUAUUUAUUUUAUUUUGAUUUGUUCUUUCUUUUUCCUUUUUUUUAAAAAAAAAGCUACUGCUAGUAGUUGUUUAUGGGGUAUUUCUUAAGGAUUUGUAGUAUGAAGAUGAUGGGAUUUAGCAGCUGCGAUUAGGAGUGAGUACGGCGCAAUGGCCGGUGGAGUACAUAAAUUAAAGAGGUGCUCCUGUUCAAUGGGGGUAUAGCCACUAUAGUUUUUUUUUUCUCCAUUUUGCAUAUACUUUGCUUGGUACAUAAUGAAUAAUGAUAGCGCAAUUGUCUGCUCAAAUGUAAAUACUUUUCUCUAUAGCGUGCAGCCAGAUUCGUUGAAUUUUUAUACUUGUACUAAAAGCAUUUGAAUU